AGCUGAAGAGGCAGCGAGAGGACUCCCCGCGCUGCGCACUGAGGUCUGCGAAUCCGUUUUGGAUACCAAAUUUCGCUAUAGAGUGCUGCGGCACAACGGGAGACGCACGCGCGGCAUCUCGCAAAAGUUGCAGCCUCUCAUCGCUGGGAGAGCACCACCCAGCGUGCAGCGUGCAGCGAUGGCCGAACAACAAGCGGCAAUAGCAAUCAGCCCCGACGGCAAGACCAUAGCAACAAUAGCCGCCGCGCGCCUGACGCUGCACGCCGGCGACGGCCGGACGCCGGCGCGCCAGUACGUCCCGCCCCGGAACGGCGCCGCGAAGCGCUACGGCAGCGUCUGCUGGGCGCCCGACGCGAGCUUGGUGGCGUGCGGCGCGGCCGACGGCUCCGUGACGGUCUGGGACGUAAGAAAAGGCGUGAUUCGGACGACGCUGCCGGGAUCGGAUCCGGUGAAGACGGUGCGCUUCGCCGCGGACGGCGCCGCGCUCUGGGUCGCAACCACAACCCCCGACGGCGCGCCGCGGCGCACGGUGAGGCGCCUCGCGCUCGACGGCACAACAAACGACGUCGACGCCGACGCGCGCGGCGUUUCAACUCUAGCGCCCCACCCGUCGAGCGGCGACGCCUGCGCCGUCGCGUCGAGCCGCGUGCGCCUCGUCAAGGGCACGGAGCGGCGGACGCUGCCCGGCGCGCACGCUACCUUUGUGCGAUGCCUCGCGUGGACAAAGGACGGGAGGCGCGUCGCUUCUUCGGCCGAUGCGCGCGAGAUCCUGGUCCACGACUGCGUCUCGAAUUCAUCAGAGACGCUGCGCUGCGCGGCGCCUCUACUUUCGCUGGCGUGCUUCGUCCGAAAUGACGUGGUCGUGUGCGCGGCCGUGCUGGCCGACGGCCGCGUGCAGCUCGCAGGAUCGGAACCGGAUUCUACAAGGACCGCAGUCGCCGUGCGGCACGUGGCCGGCGAUGCCCUGGUCGUCGCGCGCGGCGACCCGCCCAAGUGUUCGCGCGAGGCGCUCAAGAUCGAGGGCGACCGCGUGGCGGGUUUAGUACCCAAGGUGGCGCCUGCGCCCGCGCCGGAGAAGCCCUCCAAGAAAAAGACGAAGGCCCCGCCGGUAUUAGGAUUUGCGAGCCUCUCGGGCGAUCCAUUGUUAGAGGAAGCUAGGCAGCAGCACGCGGCCAAGCGGCAGCGGUUAGAGGCGAGUGAAAGUGGAGACGCGUCGCUGGGCGACCGCCUCGCGGAGAUGGACGCCCUCGCGCGGCGCCACGAGGCCGGGUUGAGGGCGGACGCCGCCGCGCGCGACGCCGCCGAUUCAUCCAGGUGGGGCGGGCCGGCGGCCGAGGGCGACGCCGCGUCGCUGGCGAAAGUAUUGGAUCAGGCGGCGCGCUGCGGCGACGACCGGCUCAUGGACACGGUUUUGAGGAGGACUGAACCCGACGUCGUCGAGGCGACGCUAUCGAGGCUGCCGGCGGCGUCGGCGCUGCCGCUCUUAAACAACCUGGCGGAGCGACUUGAAAGGAGACCCCGCGACGCGCCGCGCCUCGUCCCCUGGAUCCAGGCCACGCUGAGGCACCACGCUGCCCAUUUGGCGAACCACCCUGGCGCGCGCGACGCACUUGCCCGUUUGCAACAUGUCGUGGCGGAGCGGGUCCAUUUGUUACCCAAGUUGUUGGCGCUCCAGGGCAAGUUCGACCUGUUGCUGCGGCGCGCGGCGGCGGCGCGCGCGGCGCCGGCCGGCGGGCCAGCCGUCGAGGCGGUGCCCCGGCGCACGGUCGCGGCCGACCCGUCCGACGACGAGAUGGCGGAUGAUGACGACGAGGAGGAGGAGGAGGAGGAUAGCAGCAGCAGCAGCAGCAGUUCCGGCUCCGGCGACGGCGGCGAGUCGUCGUCGGGCUCGGACAGCGACGACAGCGACUAGGAGUAAGGAAGGGUAGUUAUUUGAGGAGACGAGGAAGGAAACUCGGGCGACGAACAGCAACAGCGAC